CACGCGGAGGGUGGGGGGUGGGGGGGAGCGUGUUGAGGGAGGGGGGGAGGGGGGACACAGAGGGAGGAAGAAGCGGCGGCGGCGGCUGCUCCUCUUUGCAGAGGGGGAAACUCUUGGGCUGAGAGCAGGAAUAAUGCGGUAGGCAAGGCGGGCUGCUGGCUCCCCCGGCUCCGGCAGCAGCGGCGGCAGCCCGAGCAGCGGCAGCAGCAGCAGCAGCACCCCAGGCGCUGACAGCCCCGCCGGCCGGCUCCCUUGCUGACCGCCGACUGUCAAUGGAGCUGGAAAACAUCGUGGCCAACACGGUCUUGCUGAAAGCCAGGGAAGGGGGCGGAGGAAAGCGCAAAGGGAAAAGCAAGAAGUGGAAGGAAAUCCUGAAGUUCCCUCACAUUAGCCAGUGUGAAGACCUCCGAAGGACCAUAGACAGAGAUUACUGCAGUUUAUGUGACAAGCAGCCAAUCGGGAGGCUGCUUUUCCGGCAGUUUUGUGAAACCAGGCCUGGGCUGGAGUGUUACAUUCAGUUCCUGGACUCCGUGGCAGAAUAUGAAGUUACUCCAGAUGAAAAACUGGGAGAGAAAGGGAAGGAAAUUAUGUCCAAGUACCUCACCCCAAAGUCCCCUGUUUUCAUAGCCCAAGUUGGCCGAGACCUGGUCUCCGAGACGGAGGAGAAGCUCCUGCAGAAGCCGUGCAAAGAACUCUUUUCUGCCUGUGCACAGUCUGUCCACGAGUACCUGAGGGGAGAACCAUUCCACGAAUAUCUGGACAGCAUGUAUUUUGACCGCUUUCUCCAGUGGAAGUGGUUGGAAAGGCAACCGGUGACCAAAAACACUUUCAGGCAGUACCGAGUGCUAGGAAAAGGGGGCUUCGGGGAGGUCUGUGCCUGCCAGGUUCGGGCCACGGGUAAAAUGUAUGCCUGCAAGCGCUUGGAGAAGAAGAGGAUCAAAAAGAGGAAAGGGGAGUCCAUGGCCCUCAACGAGAAGCAGAUCCUCGAGAAGGUCAACAGUCAGUUUGUGGUCAGCCUCGCCUGUGCCUACGAGACCAAAGAUGCUGUGCGAGUCUGGCCAUCAUGGAAACGGGGUGACCUGAAGUUCCACAUCUACAACACCGACCCCGGCUUCGAGGAGGAGGCGGGCCUUGUUCUGUGAGAUCCUCUGCUGGCUUGAAGACCUCCAGCAGAGAUCCUCUGUGGCUUAGAAGACCUCCACCGUGAGAACACCGUCUACCGAGAUCUGAAACCUGAAAACAUCCUGUUAGAUGAUUAUGGCCACAUUAGGAUCUCAGACCUGGGCUUGGCUGUGAAGAUCCCCGAGGGAGACCUGAUCCGCGGCCGGGUGGGCACUGUUGGCUACAUGGCUCCAGAGGUCCUGAACAACCAGAGGUACGGCCUGAGCCCCGACUACUGGGGCCUGGGCUGCCUCAUCUAUGAGAUGAUCGAGGGCCAGUCGCCAUUCCGCGGCCGCAAGGAGAAGGUGAAGCGGGAGGAGGUGGACCGCCGGGUCCUGGAGACCGAAGAGGUGUACUCCCGAAAGUUCUCCGAGGAGGCCGAGUCCAUCUGCAAGAUGCUGCUCACCAAAGAUGCAAAGCAGAGGCUGGGCUGCCAGGAGGAGGGGGCUGCAGAGGUCAAGAGACACCCCUUCUUCAGGAACAUGAACUUCAAGCGCUUAGAAGCCGGGAUGUUGGAUCCUCCCUUCGUUCCAGACCCCCGCGCUGUGUACUGUAAGGACGUGCUGGACAUCGAGCAGUUCUCCACUGUGAAGGGCGUCAAUCUGGACCACACAGAUGACGACUUCUACUCCAAGUUCUCCACGGGUUCUGUGUCCAUCCCAUGGCAAAAUGAGAUGAUAGAAACAGAAUGCUUUAAGGAGCUGAACGUGUUUGGACCUAAUGGUACCCUCUCGCCAGACCUGAACAGAAAUCACCCUCCGGAACCGCCAAAGAAAGGGCUGCUCCAGAGAAUCUUCAAGCGUCAGCAUCAGAACAAUUCCAAGAGUUCGCCCAGCUCCAAGACCAAUUUUAACCACCACAUAAACUCAAACCACGUCAGCUCGAACUCCACCGGAAGCAGCUAGUUCCGGCUCUGGAAGUCCACAGUGGAACCAGCGCAGACCUUCUCCUUAGAAGCGGAAGUACUGGAGCUUCUGCUCUGGUGGGGCUGCCAGGGGAGCCCCCCAGGAGCCGGGGAAGGAGGCCGUCCGUCCCGUCGACGUAGAACCUCGAGGUUUCUCAAGGAAAUUUCCACUCAGGUCUGUUUUCCGAGGUGGCCCCGGCCGGGGUGGAUUGGAUUUGUCUUUGGUGAACAUUGCAAUAGAAAUCCAAUUGGAUACGACAACUUGCACGUAUUUUAAUAGCGUCAUAACUAGAACUGAAUUUUGUCUUUAUGAUUUUUAAAGAAAAGUUUUGUAAAUUUCUCUACUGUCUCAGUUUACAUUUUGUAUAUUUGUAUUUAAAGAAAGUGAGAUUUGAGGGUGUAUAUUUUCUGUGCAGCCACUGUUAACCCAUGUGUUCCAAGGCAUUUUAGUGGGGAGGGGUUUACCAAAAAAAAAAAAAAAAAAAUGUGACUCAAGACUUCCAGAGCCUCAAAUGAGAAAAUGUCUUUAUUAAAUGUAGAAAGUGAUUCACACUUCA